AUGAAACCAAUGUUUGAAACAAUUGUUGAAGAAUCCAAUUUAUAUGCUACUCAACACAAUGCUAAUUUAAAUACUAAUGUUGAAGAAAUAAAAGCAUUUAUCGGUAUGCUCAUUUAUAUAGGUUAUCAUUCCCUUCCGAGUAUAAGGCUUUACUGGUCAACUGACCAAAAUGUUUACUGUGAAAGAGUAGCCAGAAAAAUGCCUGUCAAGAGAUUUUUAAAACUUCUACGCUAUCUUCACCUAAACAAUAAUUUAAAUAUGCCACAAAGAGAUUCUUCACAUUUUGACAAACUUUAUAAAAUCCGUCCAAUCAUCUCAUUUGCAAGAUAA